UUACAACAAUGUGCUCAUGCCCAGCAUCUUUGGUCUCAUUUGCUUCUUCGGGAUCAUUGGAAACUGUAUUGUCAUCUACACUAUUGUAAAGAAGACUAAGUUCUGCUCCAACCAAACAGUACCUGACAUAUUUAUCUUCAGUUUGUCCAUCGCUGACCUCCUCUUUCUGCUCGGCAUGCCUUUCCUCAUCCACCAGCUCGUUGGCAACGGCUCGUGGUGCUUUGGUGCCACCAUGUGCACUGUCAUAACAGCGCUCGAUUCCAACAGCCAGAUUGUCAGCACCUAUAUCCUGACUGUGAUGACACUGGACCGCUACUUGGCUACUGUCCACCCAAUCCGCUUCAAACAUGUUCGCACCCCGUUUGUGGCCGGGGCAGCAGUAGCACUGGUGUGGGCGUUGUCUCUGGUCUCCAUCACUCCGGUGUGGAUGUACACAGGACUCAUGCGACUUAAGGAUGGCUCAGUCGGCUGCGCCCUCCUGCUCCCCAACCCAGCAACAGAUACCUACUGGUUCACCCUCUACCAGUUCUUCUUGGCCUUUGCUCUGCCUUUGGUGGUCAUCUGCGGCGUCUUCUUCAAGAUUCUCCAAAACGUGUCAGCUACAGUUGCUCCACUGCCCCAGCGCAGCCUGAGGAUGCGGGCCAGAAAGGUGACCCGUAUGGCAGUGGCAAUAUGCCUGGCAUUCUUCAUAUGCUGGGCCCCCUACUACAUUCUGCAGCUGGCCCACCUUGGAGUACAGCGGCCCAGCUUUGCUUUCCUGUACGCCUACAACAUCGCUAUCAGUAUGGGCUAUGCCAACAGCUGCAUCAACCCUUUUAUCUACAUUGUCUUAAGUGAAACAUUUAAGAGGCAGUUCAUUGUAGCCAUUCGGCCGCCCCACAGGGGUUUCAGAGUUGCCCCUGCUCUGGCCGAUGGCAGUAUGACUUUGAGGAUGGCACCAGAAAGCUUUCAUCCAUCUCACUCGCAGUCGUCGAGGGAGCUGCUCCCAAACACGCUACCUGUCACUGUGGCUGUGCACUGAGAUGGACAGUUAUCAGGUCAGCAGGGCCAACUACCAUCGCCAACUAACAGCCAUCUGCCACUUUAGACUGUUCUUGUUUCCCCUGAAAAAAAACUCUGUUUACAUCAAGGCAUAAUUAAAGAGGAACUUUAACUCUCAGCAGUUCAUUUAUCUGUCAAGUGGUGAUAUAAUCUGUGACUUUCGUAGACGUGCUCAGUGUGAGUAAUAGCUGUUUAGUCACACUGUUAUCAAAAUGAAUAUAAGAAAAGGAACAACAGUCAACUUGUAUGGGGCACAAGGCAUUUUUAGCUUUAGCAAGCUAUAGACUAUAUAAACAAAAUUAGGUUUGAAAACAUGACUGACUGAAAAUCCAAUGUUUAGUGUUUAACAGCUUGAUUAGUCAUUAUUUUCCUCUGUGUAAGUUCCUUGUAGUAUAUUUUUGAGCUUGAAUUGGCCAACAGUGUUUCAGUAAUAUCAACAAAGACAUAAAAGGAGACACUUUUUACAUCAAAUGUAGUAAUAGAAUUUAGUCCACCAUAUAAAAUGACAAUAAUCAGAUGCAAACCUUUGUUCUUGUUAAAAUAUGAACUGUAGAUAUUUAUUUAGCAGUAUUUAAAGCUGCAGUUGGAAGAAAUUAGGAAAAUUUAAAAAAACCUUCCAAAAGUUUAAAAUAUACAGCUCUCUCCUUCAAAUGCAGACUUUCUACACUUGAAACACACGAUAGUAAUCAAGAUAAAAGUCAACAUUCAUUUGCAGCUUCACCCAGGAAUCAAACUCUUUCUGACCCAAUGAGCCAAGACAAUGGGCUCUUGCAAUGGACUUUGUUAUUUGUACUCUCUCACCUGCUCUGGGUGAAGCCUUGUGAUUGGCUAAAAUGGGCUAGAUUUUUGGAUGUUAUCAGCCCAUUGUCAUCAUAUCUCAUCUCCAAGCGCUAGGGCCAGUAGGGACCUCCUCCACCUUAUGCUAAGCUCAGUGGGCUGGUAUCAUUUAUUCAGAUAAAUAACAAAAUGAAAGUAACCCUGAUAACAUCAGUGACAUCUUUGGGUUGUGUGAAUAAGUACGUAUAAAACCUCUGGUGGAGUCAUCACCCUGCAAAGGUACAAAAUUGAGCUUUGUAACAUGUAGUAAACAUAGCAACAGGGUGUAUUUUAACCCAAACUAUGAUUCUUUUCUAAACCUCACCAAGUAGUUUUGACAAAAAUCUUAAAAUACAGUAUGGAAAAACAGCAAGUAAAGGUCAAAAUCCAAAUGAGACUUUAAGUCAAAAAAACAACACCACAACAAUUUUCCGAUACAGGACUUGAAUUCCAGUCUUCUUGGUAAAAGCCUGCUAACUUCCACCACCAACAUCCUCUUCAACCACCAAGCAUGGACUUUUGUUUCUCUUUGUAAGUGUAAAAUUGUGACUCCACCACUAUUAUAUAAGGUGAUAGUGGCGCGCCACCCACUGGAUGGAACAGCCUACUGAGCCCACUAGAAGGUGGAGGAGUUUCAUACUGGCCCAUAUGGUAAAUAAAUAAACUAAACUAAACUAAACUAAACUUUAACUUUUAACUUUUAUGGUUGUUAAUGACCAUUUAAUGGGCUGAUAGUCUCACAUAGACAGACUAUUCUCCAGCACAAACAUGUAAAGAAUGGUCUGGCUGCAUCUGAAUAUUAUUUUGACGUAAGGGGAAACUGCUCCAGCUGUGUUUGUAUAUCUUUAAACCAAUCACAGUCAUCAUGGGCAUGGCGUGGCUGCAGCACCGGUGAUCCCUUAAAAUAGUGAUGGUGUAGUUGUUUUGGUGGAACAUUUGCAUGCAGGAAGGUGAGAACUGUUUUAAAAUGAAUAAUUCACCAAAAAAAAACUUUAGCAAGAUUGGUUUAUUGCAUGAUCCAAAUCCUUGGCUUCACAUUUUCAGCAUGUGGGUUGCUGCCUGGAGGUUGCUGUGUUUGUUUCUCUUAGUGAAGGAGAAUUUAGAUAGCAGGAUGGUAGGGAAAAAGCUGCAUUAAAUUGGCAGCCAGGGGCAGACUUAUCUGCAUUCGGUAAGUCAGACACACAGAACAGGAGGAGGUACAGAAGUCUAGUUUCUUCUCAGACUACCUGAGUUCAAAUAUGCUAAAAUGUUCAUAUUAAUGUGUCCAAUGAUGAAAAAAAAAUAAAAACUGCCUACCUUAACUUUAAUUGUUUUAUGUCGCAAUUUGCAAUCAGUAUAGUUGGUUUAGAGAAUUUAUUGUGUGCCUUUAUGUUUGUGCAUCAUACAGUUUGAUGUUGUCUUUGAUUGUGGUCAUUUUUUGGUCAUCACUUGAAUAGAAAACAUAUUAAAAUGUAUUCCUUGAGUGCAUCUGUAUGCUAUCCAAUCCACAUUAAGUGCAGCUUAUACCUUUUAAAUGUUGUAAUUUUAUCUAUAUUGUGGCAGAAAAACUGUGAUUUGAUUGAUUGUCUGAUACAUCGCCUGAGUAUUUAACACAUUUGACAAAUGAAAACACUGGUAUUCCAUGGUGGAGCACCAUUAAGCAGGAACAUUCAAAGCUGCAGGCAGAACAAGUUAUUAGAUGAAGAGCCUUACUAGUGGUCUGUAAUGAAGGGCUGCUACUUUCCUCAAAUCAUUGACUAAGGAAAGACUGCACAUGGAUGAUGGUCUAUAGGCUUAUUGAACAUUACAGUGUCAUUGCCCAUGCUUCCUGAAACUUUAUAAUGCUGAACCUUUGUGACUGUUUGACUUGUGGUGCUGUGAUGCAGGUAUUUGUUUCUGUGUAUGCAACCAGGCAUCUUUACUGUGUUAUAACCGCUUUGGAAAUGUAAACACUGGCAUGUCUGUUGUCGUGUCUCUGUGUAUGUUCACUGGUUUUCAAAGCUCCAGGAGGUGAAGAAGACUGUUUUAUCAUAGCUGAGUAAAAAAGACUUUUCAUCAGGGGGUCAAAGCUAAUUUACUUUUCAUAUAAAGUCAUAAAUAGAUCUCAAAAGCGUGGUAGAUUUCAGUUGUCAGCUCUCUUCAGAAGCGCAUGCCUGCUUUGUACGAUCAUGUGAGAAACCUUGGUUAGUUUUAUAACUUUUUUUUUUUUUUUUUGCAAAUUUGCCCUUGUAGUCACCAACAUCAAAGAAAGAAAAAUGUUGAAUUCAGUGGUGUGCAAAGUCAUUUAUCAAGGAUGAAACAUUCCAAUCCAAACUUCAGCUUAUUCUCAUUAGAAGGGGGUGAAAGCAAAGCCAGUUUUCAGCUUUUCAGAGUGGCAAGACCCUAUGUUCCUGCUUAAUCAAAUGUCAGGAGGAAGGAUUCAUAGUAACACACGUUAUUUUGAAAAGAAACUGAGUGGAAUAAAGCCAUGAUUAUAUUGCUUUUAAAUGGUAAUUCCCUAUUAUAAGAAACUCCCCCACAAUGACCCCAAGCAGACACACACACGCACUUUAAAAUGACAUUGCAAGGCUAUUGUUCAUGCUCAGCACUGGUGAGAGAUUAUCUUUGAGUGUGUUUAUAGAACAUUAAGCCUGAUCACAAAACUGCAUGACACCGCUAAUAAAUCUGUCUCUGCUCUUUUGCAUGGCAUUCUUUUUUUGAAAGCAUUUGUCAGAGUUUAAUAGAGCUAAAGUCAGAUUUACAGAUGUGGACAAAAUGUUGGUACCCCUCAGUUAAUGAAAGAAAAACCCACAAUGGUCACAGAAAUAAUUUGAAUCUGACAAAAGUAAUAAUAAAUAAAAAUUCUAUGAAAACUAACCCAUGAAAAUCAGACAUUGCUUUUGAACCGUGGUUCAACAGAAUUACUUUAAAAAUUAAAUCUUGAAACAGGCCUGGACAAAAAUAAUGGUACCCCUAGAAAAGACUGAAAAUAAUGUGACCAUAGAGACAUGUUCAAUCAAGGUGUGUCCUCUAAUUAUUCUUACUUCUAUGAAUUCCAUGAAUUCAUGAUGGGUUUUGCACAUGAACAUUUUUGAGUCUUGCUGUGCCAUAUACUGAGAUUUUUCUUUCCUUUCAGAGCUCACCUUUUACCCCGUAUUCACUCACUCAGCAAGUCAGGAAAUAACCCUGAAAAGGAUUUUUCAUGUUUAAGCCAAAUGUCUUGACUAUAAGGCAAAGUCCAAAAACACACAAGAUGGAGAUACAAAAAUAACCACACAGUGAUACAAAGAGAACAAUACGACUGCAAGAAGAAGAAGAAUUUUUAAAAAAGAAAGUCGAUGGCAAAAUACUGCAGAGAAGUGCAAAACAAUCUGCAAGUGCAUGCAAAAUGGCCAUAAAACAAAGCAAAACAACUAAGAAGGGAUGCCACAAUGAGACACAUAAGAGAUAAAACCACAGCAGAAAUACAAAAUGGAUUCAAGGAGGCUACAAAGAGAACAAAAAAGAGACACAAAACGAUCACAUAGAGAUGGAAGACAACCAUAUAGAGGUUAAAAUCACUAUGAAAUGAUGCAAAAUGAUCAUAAAGGGGAAUAAAAAGGAUCCAGAGGCAUGUUAAACAACUGUAUAGACACAGUUUAGUUGUGUUUGUGUUGCGUGUUUUGUUUCUGUUCGAGUCUUUCUGGUGAGAUGUGUGGAGACUUUUGCAUAUCUGUGCCUGUUGUUUCUAUCCAUGGGUGUAUCUUUACCCCAUCAGGUUUGAAAGUGGCUUACAUAUCCAUGUAAAAUGUGGAAUUUUAAUAUGCAGGACCAACAAACACAAUGUAAGCUUAUUCUGCAGAGGCCAGAAUGCACUGACAAUUACAGUGCAUCCUGACAUCUAACUCGUAAUCACACAAAGCUCUUUGUGCAUAAUGUA